CGCGCCACGGUCAGGCGGCGGGCCAAACAACUCAGUUCACUAUCGUAUUUAUAACGGAUACAACGUGUCGUUAAUAGCUAUUCAAAAAUAGCUAUCGUAACGUUAAAACUAGCACAUUGUUUAUUUGUCUCGAGAAUUCGGGUGUAAAAGAUAUGCAUCAGAUCAAAUAGAAUCUCAAGUACCAGGAUGUCAGAGAAGAGAGGGGUUCGAUUUGAAGAGGCCGAGCGGUGUAAGGGGAUUAUCCUCACGUCCAUAGCGCUGACAACAGCUGGACUGGGAUGGCUUCUACGCGGCUCUCCGACCAUGAUGAGCGCUGUUGCGACGCUGGGAGCUUAUCUAUUGACCGGUGAUAGAUACCAAUGGAUUUACCUUUGGAAGAAGACGCACAAGAGGGAUUUUCUAGGUCUAAGGGUACUGUUAGCGACAAUGUUCAGGAUAUGGCGCUGGGAAAAACAAGGCCAGUCAGUGGUGUCAAGGUGGGCGGAAAUAGCGAAGCUGUAUCCGGAAAAGAAGGCUUUUAUCAUGGGGGACAGGGCUCUCACCUUUCGUCAGGGAGAAGACUUUAGUAACCGCAUAGCCUGGUACUUUAAACGUCAAGGCUUCAAAAGCGGUGAGGUAAUAGCUCUAUUCAUGGAGACACAACCAGAAUACAUCUUUGUGUGGCUAGGUUUAGCUAAAAUGAAGGUCACGACUGCAUUAGUGAAUACAAAUCUAAGAGGUCAACAAUUGAUUCACUGUUUGAGAAUAGUUGGAUGCAAAGCUGUCGUAUUUGGCGACGAAAUGGCGGACGCUAUAAAAGAAAUUCAGAGCGAAAUCCAUGACAUGCCUCUCUUUCAAUUCAAUUCGCCAGAGAGAGACGGCAGUACAGUCUUACAAGAUACAGUGCCAUUAGCCGCUGAGCUAGAGGAAAUGUCCUCUGAAACUUUUCCUAUAGUGCCAACAAAUCCAAGAGACACCUUAUUGUAUAUUUACACUAGCGGAACGACUGGGUUUCCUAAAGCGGCCAUUAUAACAAAUAUCAGAUUUCUCCUAAUCCCUCUAGGAGUAUUUACAUCGGCUCGACUUUCUCCGGCGGACGUGGUUUACGAUCCACUACCGUUGCACCACACGGCUGGUGGGGUCCUAGGGGCUGGGCAAGCAAUAACCCAAGGCUGCACCGUAGUACUGAGACGGAAAUUCUCAGCCUCCAACUAUUGGAGUGAUGCAGCGAAACAUGGAUGCACUGCGGCACAGUACAUUGGUGAAAUAUGCCGUUAUUUGCUCUCUGUUCCCGCUGGUCCUAGCGAUAAGGCGCAUAAAGUUAAGGUUAUCUUCGGCAACGGACUAAGGCCCCAGAUCUGGCAAGAGUUCGUUGACCGUUUCGGCAUAGGCAGAGUUUUAGAAUUCUACGGAGCCACAGAAGGAAACAGCAAUCUCAUUAAUUUGGAUAAUAAAGUCGGCGCGAUCGGUUUUUUGAGUAGACUGGUCUCAUCAAUAUACCCUUUAACGCUAGUUAGGUGUGACGAAAUAACUGGUGAAAUACUGAGAGAUGACCAUGGACGUUGUAUAACUUGUGGACCACACGAGCCUGGGUUGUUGUUAGGAAAAAUUGAUCCAAAGAAAGCCAUUCUGACGUUCGCUGGCUACGCUGACAAGACUGCUUCCGAAAAGAAGAUGGUCCGCAACGUGAGGAUCGAAGGCGAUUGCUACUUCAAUACAGGAGACAUUCUAGUGAUGGAUCACUAUGGCUACUUUUAUUUCAAGGAUCGGACCGGAGACACGUUCCGAUGGCGCGGCGAAAACGUUUCAACUGCAGAAGUUGAGGGGGUUAUUAGCAAUCUAGUUGGACUGAAGGAUGCUAUUGUCUAUGGCGUUACAAUACCGAACACCGAAGGCAAAGCUGGUAUGGCGGCACUAGCUGACCCGGAUCACAAUAUAGACAUAGCUGCAUUAUCAAAAGGACUAAAGACCUCCCUGCCGGUCUACGCUCGGCCGCUCUUUCUGAGAAUCCUCCCGCAAACUCCGUUAACAGCCACGUUUAAACUAAAAAAGAAAGAGCUAAUGGAAGUAGCUUAUAAUGUAAAUGUAUGUAAGGAUCCUCUGUACUUCUUAGAUCAGAAGUUAGGGGAAUACGUGCCUUUAACACAAAAAAUGUAUGAAGAUAUCGUUUUAGGUAAUAUUAGGCUGUAAUAGCGGAGUCAUUUGACUUCCUAUUAUUGAAGUGAAACUUCUUUAGGCGCGUUGAGAGUUAAAUUUAACUCGCAACAGAUUCGUUACGGCUAGAGAGAAAAAAUACAAGUUAGGACGAGCGA